AUGUCGGCCCACAAACGCAGCUUCCAGUGCUUCAGCGCUGUCGGAGGUGACUCCCACCGGCCCUCUGUCCCCUUCAAGCAUCAAGUACCCCGCCUGCCCCGGAUCCCCCAGCAUGGCCUGGUGGCCCACCUGGAGCCGGAGUGCUACCUGUGCUCUGAGUGCAGACGGGCUGCAGACUCUCAGUACUACCACACAGUCUACCACCCCCAGCACCACCAGCAGCCCCACCGCUGCGUGCACAGGGGGCCCAGCCGGCCAGAGGACCCCCCUCUGGACCACUGGCUCCACCACCACAGGUACAACAAGAGGCUGGUUCUGGUGAAGAACAGCGACCCCACGCUCCGGAGGACCAUUGUGCUGCACCGCAGGAGUCUACGCAGCUUUGGGCUGUUCUUAGAGGAGGUUUCUGAGCUGAUGCAGUAUCACACCAGGAAGCUGUACACUGUGGAGGGCCGCAAGGUGGACAGCGUUCAGAGCCUCCUGCAGUGUCCCGGUGUUCUGGUCUGUGUUGGACGGGAACCUUCUCACCCCGCGAUCGCAGAAAAUUUCAGAGAAACGUUUGACGACAAACUCCCAAAGCUGAGGUCCCGUUCGUCCGGCUGCACCGACGGACACGAAGGUAGAAUGAACAUUAAACCAGGACUCACUGCCAAGAGAAGUGUCGUCCAUCCAGACCUGCAGUCUGACAGCAGAGCGACCCGGCAGUCGGUGUCGUCUGACAAAUCAGCGCCGGAUGGAACCGAGUCUCCAGACAACGUGGACUCCUGCCCUCCGUCUGGCGACGGGCUGAGAGAAGACGACAUCGAGAAACGUGUUCGUGUGAACAGAGACGGCAGUUUGUCCAUGCAGAUGAAAGUGCGCUUCCGGCUGGAGAACGAUGAAACUCUGCACUGGUCGACUGAAGUGAGGAAGAGCGCCAGCAGGACCUGCGAGCUCCUCCACAGCCACACCUGCUCUGCACAGGUGAGCGACAGGAGCUGCUCUGAGUCGGACAACGUGUCUGCCGGCGAGCGGGACGAGGCGCUGGUCCGUCAGCAGCACCACAGAGCCGCCGCUGAGCCUCGCUGUCCUCGCUGCUGCAGCCGCUGCCACGACUACAACGUCUGGAAGGACGUCCCGGGAACUCACGGGGCGAGUCGCUACAGCCAGACCUCCAGCUCCAGCGCCUCCUCACACACCGUGGUCUCCAGGAAGACGGUGGUGUGUGGAGCCACCGAGGGGCUGACGGAGCAGCUGGUGGAGACAGAAACAGCUGAGACUGUGGAGUACUGCACCAUCAGGAGUCAGACCUGCUCACCACCGUCCAGAGAUCAGGCCCAUGUUGAAGAACCUGCAGAAUCUGUCAGCAGAGCUUCAGGCGAUGAGCAGAAUCAGAAUGAUGAGGAUGAAGAUGUUCCACCUCAGACAUCUUCCCAGAACAGUAAAUCUGAACCAGAAGACGCCUCUGCAGAGUUAAAUACUGGAUCUCCUGUGCAGCUUUCAUCCUCCAGCCCUGUAGAAAGAGCUUCCAACUCUUCUGGACACUCUGGCAAAUCAAAGAGAUCCAAAGCUUCACACACCUGUCGCUGUGCAGCACCUAAGGGCGAUGAAACGAGUCGAGCUGAAGGAGAAGCUGAGGAGGCAGAGCAGAGGACACCCAGUGCCAUGUCAGGAACAUCCAAUGACUCUGCACAGUCGGCAUGUGACGCAAACUCAGCUGAGGAGAAUCUACCUGAACUGAGAGCACAAAGUGCAACAUCAGAGAAGUCAAACAUUUCCUCAAAGUCUAAAAAAUCAAGGACAUCUGAAGCUCCACCUGAAGAAAGUCCACCUUCUCCUGCUGUCGAGUCUCCAAAACUAGCUGAGGAGCAUGAGGAAGAGGACCGAAAUGAGGAGGAGGGAGCUCGGGACAGACCACAGAGCGCGGUGUCUGCAAAAUCAACGGUGUCUGCAAAGUCCAAAAGGUCCACUGCUGCAGAAGAAGGAGCUCCUGAUUCGGAAAGAGCUGCAAGCAUCAUGUCAGUCAAAUCUGUAAAGUCAGAUGUUUCUAAGAAAUCCAAAGUUUCAGUCGUCCCGUCUGAACACAGCACUGAGCUCGCUGAUGCAGAGAACGACGGCAGAGUGAGUUCUCUGUCAACACAGACCAACAGGUCCAACGUUUCUGCCAGAUCCAGAAAGUCCAAAUAUUCUGAUAUCUCAGCUGCACGGAGCUUUGAGAGUCCCGAAGGUGAAAAUGAGCCGAUGGAGGAAAGAGCUGCGAGCUGCACAUCUGUCAGGUCAGCUCAGUCUCACGUUUCUGAGAAAUCUGUCCAGUCACAAACCUCCGUUAGUGCUGAAGAUGCUCUGUCAGCUACAUCAGCUAGAUCAGCUGAUGAGAGAGCUCAGAGUGCAGCGUCUGUCAGAACCACACAGUCAGCCACGUCUGUCAAAUCGAGUCGGUCCAGAGCAUCAGACGUCCCAGCUAAAGAAGAUGUUCCAGAAAAGCUCUCAGGGACUUUAAAAGGUUCUGGUGGAAACCCUGAGGAGGAAGAGGAGGAGAGGUCACCGAGCAACAUGUCGGCCAAAUCAAUGAUUUCUGCAUCGUCGAGGGCCACAAAGACACAUGAAGCUCCUUCAGAAGACAACGAUGCAAACAAAGAAGAAAUUGCACAAAGACCAGCAAGUGCUGUGUCAGCUGCCUCAGCCAGAUCCGCCAAAACUGCACAGUCACAUGUUUCUGCCAAAUCCAGCAAGUCAAAGGCCUCUCAUGCACCCAGUGAAGGAAGUCCAAGUAUUACCUCUGUUAAAUCUGCACAAUCAAGCAAGUCAAACGCGACACCGGUUUCUGCUGAAAAUGGCGCCAACGAAGAAGAAGAUGCCGAGGAGAGCGCGGCCAGCUCGACGUCGGCCAAAUCGCAUGUCACAUCAGUGUCUGCAAAAUCCAGAGCUUCAAAGAGAUCAGCUGAGGGUCCAACAGGAAGAACCUCCAGCGUUCUGUCAGGGAAGUCAAACACUUCUGCAAGAACUCUCAAGUCAAACGUGUCCGGCUUAACACCAGCUGAGAGGACAGAGCAGGACGAAGAGGACGCAGCUCACAGGGCCGUGUUGACCAAACCAGCUAAAUCUGACCUGUUAGCUCCUGAGGACGCAUCUGAGAGAGCACAGAGCGCCUCGUCGGCAAAGUCAGAGAAGUCAGCGAAAUCGAAAACAUCAAACGCCUGCAAUGUUCCUGAAACAGAAGAGAGAACUUUACGACCUAUGUCUGCCAAAUCAACACAGUCUCACAGGUCUGAAGUUCCUGAUGUGACGGUGGAGCAGAGUGAAGGCAGAACUCCAACAGCAACAUCCUCAAAGUCCAAGGCUUCAAAGAAGUCCUCUGCAAGUAAAGAGAAGAAGAGUUCUUUAUCUGUGAACUCACGUCUGUCUGUUAAGUCCAAGAUAUCCAAGGUAACGGAUGAAGACGUGGAGACCAAAGAGGAGGAGGCUGAAGCUUGUUCUGACGAGAGAACCAAUGUUUCUGCAGAAGGUGAGAGCAGCUGCCUCGCUCAGCUAGACACCGAAGACACAGCUGCUGAAGGUAUCGACAAACCAAAGUCUGCAGAAACACCUGCGAGUGAAAAGCAACAGAAACAAAAUGAGCCUCCUGUCAGCUCUCACACAGACUCAGACGAAACCGAUCUGUCUCAAACUCUGUCCAGCUCUGAUCUGAAAGAGACGCCUGGAGAGUCCAAACCGAACCUGGACCAGCAGAACAUGACAAACGGAGACGCUGAAGAAACCGUCACUGGUAAGAACACGGGUGACUUUGAUCUGGUCCCGUCCAGUCUGCCCAACGCGUCGCCUACCGAGGUGGUGAACCAGUGGCUGAAGACAAUACCAGAGGACGGAAACAUGUAUGAUAUGGAGGAGCUCAAUGAAAACUGUGAGGGUCAGAAAACUGUCCCGACGUCAGAGGACAGCAACAGAGCCGAGGAUAAAGAAAACAAAGAGUCAGCAGCUGACAACUCAAAGGACGCAAAUGACGGAGGUUUGGACAGUGAUCCGAAUGGUGACGGCCAAACGAGCACCGAGGCUCCAAAUGAAGAAAACUCCAACCAGAGAGGCUCCAAGAUCUUCAGCUCCUCCAUACAGGUGAUGAAAGUGCUUCUGAGCCCAAAGCUGGACAGGUGCAACAGUUUACCAGAGAUCUCUCCGGUGUAUGGACGUAAGCUGAGCACGUCAGCCAGAGGCCUGCUGGACUGUCUGGUGAAGCUGCAGCUCAUCGACCGCGACCCGAAAAACGCCAACGAGAAGGACGAAAGGUAUCAGGAGCUGAUGGGAAUCCUUCAGUCCCUGUGGCUGUGCGAUCCUCCAGAACACCAACACGUGUCCAAGAACGACGACGUGGACGACGACUUCAACCACACGUCGUCCUCCGGUGUCGACGUCAACAGCGGCUCCACCGGAUCCGGGAACAGUAGCGACGGAGUGAAGGGCGAAGACGCAGCUCAGACUGGAGCAGAUGGAAGCCAGCCAAACAUCUGUGAAGGUGAAGCUCAGUGGACUUCUGAGAGAGAAGCAGAAGGAAUGAACCAAACUGAAGAUGAUCCAGCAACAGACGACACGAGUCCAGGCAACGGCAGUCCAAGACAGCUGCCUGAAACUCCUCCGUCCUCCAGCAGGAGCUCCGGAAACGAAAGCAACGACCAGAAACCUCUGGACGAAUGUGAAGCUGAAGGUCAGGAGGAGGCUGAGAGUCUUCUGCUCAGCCAGAGAGCACAGAUCGCCAAAACCCUCUCUCAGGACCCGGAUCCUGUCUGGGUUCUAACCUUGCUGAACAAAAUAGAAAAGCAGUUCAUGACGCAUUAUAUCAACGCUAUGAAGGAGUUCAAAGUGCGCUGGAACCUCGGAGACAACGAGCAGCUGGACAAGAUGAUCAGCGAGCUCAGAGCUGAGGUUCACAGAAGAAUCCAGACCAGCAUAGACAGAGAGCUGAGGAAGAUCCAAGGCCGGGCAGGCCUACCGAGACCUCCCAAAGAAGCCAUGUCCAGAGCUUCGACCACGCAGACCGAGGAGAGGAGGAGGAGGCUGAAGAUCAUGCUCAAACCGUCCACCAGCUCCCACGCAGAGAAAAGCGAUGAUUCGGCCACAGGAACGUCCUACAGCGACCAGCGCAGUGAGAACAACGACGAGUUCUGUCCCUGCCAAACGUGUCUGAAGACAAACGUCACGUCGCCUGCUGCAGCUGCUGUCACCGAUUUCCACCUGAAGGUCGAUGAGGCUGAGUGUUCGUGUCGCCCUGCAGAGGACGAGGAAGCUAAAGCAGCAGAAACACUGGUAGAAAAAGUCAUCGAUAAAGCUUUAAAUGAAGUGCGGGGAGACGAGGAACACCAAGGACCUGGAGAUGUCUCUGCUGCAGAAGAUGCAGGCAGUGAAGCUGAAACCAUCAAAGAACUGACUGAGGAAACGGGAGAAGACUUCGCUGCAGACACCAGCACAGAAGAUGAAGGUGCAGAAAGUCAGAAAGCCUCCCGGACUGAACACAAAAGUACUGAGGAGGUUUCUGCCACCGGCAACCAACUGCAGAAACAAGAAGAAGAAGCAACAGAAAGUUCAACAUCCAGAAUCAAACAUGUGGAAGCAGCGAUUGGCUGGUUGAAGGUGAAGAAGAGGCUGCUGUCAUCAAAGCAGCAGGUGGAGAAGAAUGAAGCCACAGCUGAGGAAGUGUUAAAGGAACCAGCUGGAGCAGAAUCCAAGGAAGAAGCUGCUGAAGCUUCCACAGCUGAAGAUGAUCUUGUGGCUGCCUCUACUACACAAACAGCAGCAGAAGACAGGAAGGGAUGGCUGGCUGGAAAGAAGAGGGUGAUGCCUCCAGUGCAGAUGAUGCUGCAGAAAAAGAUGCUGAAACAGACGAAUGUUGAGAAGGACGGCACAGAUACAGAUGAUGAGCAGGAACCAGCAGAAGAGGCAGAAGGUGAAGAUGAAUCUGCUGUAGAGAGAGAAGGAGAGUCAAAACAGGACACCGCUGAAGAUAAAGAUGUAGCCGCUGAGGAUCAGUCUGAAAAAGAAGAAGCUGCAGAAGAACCAGACGAAGCAGCAACGACCGAAGACGAGCUGGUUGUAGAGAAACAGGCUGCUGUCACAGAAGAAGAAGAAUCAAAGGAUGAAUCUGCAGCAGGAGAUGCUGCUUCGGCAUCUUCAACUGGUCCUGAACCUGAUGAAGAUGAAACUGCAGAUGAUAAUGAUGUGACACCUCAUGAAGACGAGCUGGUUGUAGAGAAACAGGCUGCUGUCACAGAAGAAGAAGAAUCAAAGGAUGAACCAGCAGCAGGAGAGUCUGGAAGUGAGGAAGCAGGAAGUGCUGAUGAAGGAGAAGAAGCUGCUGCUGCCAGCGAGUCUGAUUCUAGAGAAGAUUUAGACGCAACCUCAGCUGGAGAUCAAACUGCAGACGAGAGUGAGGCCACACCAACAGCUACCAGUGAACACGAGUCUGAUGAAGACCAGGCUGUGGAAGCAGAGACGGCCAACAGUGAAGACCAGGCUGCUGCCACAGAAGAUGAAGAAGAAGCUGCAGAGAGCGAUGCUGCACCAACUGAAGAUGAGCUGCAGGCAGAAGAGGAAGCUGCUGUUACAGAGGAUGCUUCUGAAGCAGCCACCACUGAAGAUGCAGAAGAAGCUAUGAUGGCAGACCCAAGUGAACACGAGUCUGAUGAAGAGCAGGCUGUGGAAGCAGGGACGGCCGACAGUGAAGAGGUUCCUGCCACCAGUGACGAUGAAGAUCACAGUGCUGCAGAGGAGGCUUCAUCUACAACUGGACAUGAAUCUGACAGAGACGCAGCCGUGGAAGCCUCCAGUGCAAAGGAUUCAGAAGAGGAGAUGGCUGACAUGGACGGAGGAACAACCCAGGCUGAAGAGGAAAGUGAAGCAGUCACAGCUGAAGAUGCAGCCAUGAAUGACCACGAGUCUGAAGAUGCUGUGGAGACAGGGACCGCUGAAGAUGCAGAAGAAACUGCUGCUGGCAGUGACGAUGAUUCUGCUGAUGACGUUGAUGCUUCUGCCAACGAUGAAAGUGCAGGAGAGUCUGAUACAGCGAACAAGGUGUCAGAAGAAGCUUCUGAAGCAGCAGAGGAGGAAGACAAUACAACCACAGGACAGGAGGAAACCUCACAAGCUGCAAAUGAUCAUGAGUCAGAACAUUCAGAAGCCAAACCUGAAAACACAGAUGAGACUAAAGCAGGAGAUGAAACUGGAGGAGAAACUGGUGGAGAAGAUGAAACUGGAGGAGACGCUUCAGAUGAAAACAUGUCAGUGAGUGAGGCAGAACCAUCUGAUCAAGUAGAAAGCAGCGUCGUUGAAGAUUUUAAAGAAGAAGAAGAAGAUAAAUGUCCGAAUGAGAAACUAGCAGAAGGUGAAACAGCUGGAGAUGAAUCCGAAGAGAAGGAAUUUGCUGAGCAUGAAAGUGGAACCUGUCAGUCAGAAACAAGGGAAAGCGAGACUGAGGGACACGAAACAGCAGAAGAAGAGUCAGGAGGAGCUGAAGUUGAUGGAAACGAGAUCAGUGAAGGAGCAUCUGCAGCAGACGAGGCCGAAGAAGAAGACAGAGAAGAUGAGUCUGCACGAGAUGCUGCCAGCGAAUCUGAGACGAAUCCUGAUGAAGCCCAACGUACAGCAGAUGAAAGUGACGCUCCUGACGAUAGACAAGAGCCCGAUAAUGGGGUGGAAGAAAUGUCAGAAACCAUAGAUGAAGACAGAGAAAACAAACCAGAAGAAGAUGGACAGUGUGAAGGUGUGAAACUCCCAAAUGGAGGCUGUAAAAACGACAAAGACAACGAUGAAUUCUCUGAGAGAGAGGGGAUGGAGACGCCCAACGAACACUGGAGUGAGAACGAUUCCGCCGACGGAGAAGACGAAGCCGAAGAAGAUUCAGACGAACCUGAAGAAGAAGAACCUGACAACGGACAGAAACCUUUGGCUCCCAGCGGGCCGAACAGUCGGGAUGCGACUAGCAGAGCAGCUACAGAACCAACGCUGAAGCUGCUGGAUCCUUCCAUCAAAGUGAGCGCAGAGUCCGAGGACGGAGCGUACGCCGAUGGAGAAGAUUCAGAGCCGGAGACCAACAGCCAGGAGGGCGCGAUGAGCCUCGAGUCCAAGAGUGUGAAGAAGAGCAGGUCGUACGUUAACGGAGACUCUGUGGGAGCCAGAGAGAACUGA